UUUGUUCCAGGAGGAAAACCCCUGGAGGAGCAACGACCAGCCUGCCAUCAGCUCUGCAGAGUCUGACUGCUGACAGAAACCUGCUGCUCAGCGCUUCAUCCAUUACAACAAGUUGAAAACAACCAGCUUCACGUCAACCACGCACACACACACACACACACACACCCUGCUUCAGUCAGCUUAGCUUUCCAGCUUCUUUCCUCCCCUCUUUUUCCUGCUCCGACCCCAGCGAUGUGUCCCUCCAUCCCCUCCCUCCUCCCCCUCCUCGUGCUCCUCCUGGCUCCUCCAGUCCUCCUGACCCCAUCGACCUCGCAGGAGUUACAGGUCAGAGGUCAGCGGACACCGAGGGACACCAGGCAGGACUCCAUCAAGGUGCUGAUCUCCGAGGGCUGCGCCACACAGGGCGACUCAUCCGACGCCAGUCACGGAGGUAAAGAAAUUGACCUGAGUCCAGGUUCUCCUCUGGUCCUGACCCAUAAGAUCAAACUGGUCCCGUCGGGAUCAGGACCCGGGUCCUGUGGUUGCGAGGCGGACUUUGCUGCCCUGCGGGAGCGUCUGGAGAGGCUGGAGAGGGAGGUGUCGGCCCUCAGGGAGAAAUGUGGAGGAGCCGAGGGAGGCUGCUGCACCUCCAAGGAGAGCAAAGGUGCUGGUUGCUUCAUCAAACCAGACAUCAACGAGUGUCCCAACGAGUGCAGUGAUCAGGGUCGCUGUGUGGACGGCAAGUGCGUCUGCUUCCCAGGCUUUAGCGGACCCGACUGCAGCGAGUCCGACUGUCCCGGAAACUGUAACAACAAUGGACGCUGUGUGAAUGGACAGUGUGUUUGUGAUCCUGGUUUCACUGGACCCGACUGCUCCCGGAGAGGCUGCCCUGACAACUGCAGCAACCAGGGCAGGUGUGUGAACGGCAGGUGUGUGUGCAACAGUGGCUUCACAGGACCCAGUUGCUCAGAUAAAACUUGUCCCUCAAACUGCAACAACAGGGGGCGCUGUGUCGACGGAGUGUGUGUUUGCGAUGAUGGAUUCAGCGGCCCAGAUUGCUCAGAAAGAACUUGCCCAAAUGACUGCAGCGACCACGGGAAGUGUGUGAACGGGAAGUGUGUGUGCGACAGCGGCUUCACGGGAGAUGACUGCUCCGACAAGUCCUGCCCCAGAAACUGCAACAACAGGGGGCGCUGUGUCGACGGACAGUGUGUUUGCGAUGAUGGAUUCAGCGGCCCAGAUUGCUCAGAAAGAACUUGCCCAAAUGACUGCAGCGACCGCGGGAAGUGCGUGAACGGGAAGUGUGUUUGCGAGGCGGGCUUCGCGGGGCCGGACUGCGCUGCCAGAGGCUGUCCAAACAACUGCAGCAACAAAGGACGGUGCGUCAAAGGAAGGUGUGUCUGUCGACGUGGCUUCCGUGGACCAGACUGCAGUCAGUGCGAGGAGGGGAUGACUGGACCAAACUGUGACACUGUCAUGUCUGGCGUUUCUCAGCUGACUACUCGGGACAUCACCGAGACGUCUGUCACUCUGAUCUGGACUCCACCUCCCGUCCAGUACGAGACCUACCACCUCACCUUCACCAGCCAGAAGGAGAGCGACCAGCAGGUGACUGUGCAGGUGGAGGGCAGCCUCAGCACCUUCACCCAGACGGGCCUGGCAGCCGGUCAGGAGUACAUGGUCAGCAUCACCGGAGAGAUUGACGGUCGGCGGGGAGCCGAGACCUUGGCUGAGUUCAUGACCCUCAUCUCUGGUCCCACCAACCUCCAAGUCGUCAAGACGACCACAACGUCUGCGGUGGUCCAAUGGGAGCAGUCACAGGGUGAGAUUGACAGAUAUCGCCUGACCGUUACACCAAAUGAUGGAAUGGGGAGGAGUCAAGAAAUGACCGUCCCAGUUGGCCAAAACUCCGCCCACAUCCAGCAGCUGGAGGCGGGGCGCUUGUAUGACAUCACACUGGUGGCGGAGAAGGGCACAAGUCGGAGUGAAAUCGCAACCACCCAGGUUACUCCCGGGGAGACGUUACCAACGGUUACCAUGGCUGCUUUGACCAUGCAGUUCACAUUAGCACCUGGACAACAUGUUGGCAACAGAGACCAAGCACUUGGCCCAACACCUGAGGUACAGGUCUUUGACCAACAGGAAAGGAGGGAAGUUGGGAGGGAGGCUGACUCUGUGAGAGACUCUACAGCCUCUGUGAUCGCAAGGACUAAACCUCUGGUUAGCAGAAAGAUGGCAAAUGAUGGCACCAAGCCCAAACUCGCUGAAAGGCUCACAUUGACCAAGAGGCCAAAUGGUCCAGGCCCUUUUCGUUUCAACACUACCAGAGUUGUGCCUGGAGCGAGAAAGGUUGGCCCAGGUCCUUUGAAAAAGCCACCAGUGCUGGAGGAAAAGAAGAAGAAAGUACCCCCAGUACCCAAAAAACUUAGACCAGGUGUCCCCACCAUUGGAAACAGGACAGUAGUUUUGACUGUGAGAGACCCAAGCGUGGAGACAUCAAAUACUGAGAGGAGUGAUGACAAAAAUCCAGCUAAAAUGUCUGGGACUGAUUCAGAUACAAAGAGACAAAGUAGCUCAGAGAAACCAACUACUGCUGUUGGUUCCAAAGUGCAGCCAGAUGUUGGCAUGACAGACCAUGGAAACAACACUGCCCCAGUGCCUUCAGAGCCACCUGGAAGUGUUCAAAGCCAAGAGAAUAAAUGUAUGAACAAAAUUAAAGUGACACACAUCAGAUUACCCCAUAAGGAUAGAGGCAGCAGGUGUAGAGGAGAUGGAACAGUAGUUGAAAAAACAGGCGCACAUCGAGAUUCCUCAGAAACAGAAGUUACUCCUGGUUUAAAUCCCUCACCUGCAGAGAAAGACCUCGACUAUUCACCUGAUCCUUUUCAUAAGCUCCUGACAGAUACUUUUGACAGUUUGAAUAUCACAACCUUUUCUGUUCACCUGUCCCAAGCAUCCAACCUCUCUGUCAAUUCAGAAAAAGUGAGGAACCAUAUUUUAAGUGGCCUGAAGCCAGUGUCACCGUUAUCAUCCUCAUCAGCCUUACGAUCAUCAUCACAUUCAUCAUCAUUAUCACAGUCCUCAGGUGGACGAUCACCAUCACUGCAAUCAUCUUCAACAUCUUCACUAGUCUCAUCUUCAUCAACAGCAGCCCCAUCAUCAUCAGUAACAUAUUCAGUUUUAUCAUCAUCCUCAUCAGAACCGUCGCCAUCAUCACCUCCAUUGUCACUAUCAUCAUCGUCACCGUCACCUCCAUCAUCAUCUCUUCCUAGUUCAGAUAAACCAGGUUCAGUUGGAAAUGAACCAGAUGCUGACAAGAGUAUUACCAACACUGCAUCACUCAAAGAGAGAAAACCGCCACCGUCAGGAAAAGGUGGUGUACCUCUUUUUCGUCGCACACCUGCAAAAUCUGGAUAUAUCCGUCGCCCACACCCAAACUUUGCAUCAUUUCAGAACAAAACUCGUCCAAAUAUGAGAACUCCUCAUCGUUCCCCCCUUCAUUUGAACUUCAUCCCUGGAAGAGAGACAGAGCCCAUAGGUCCAUCUACAAGGGAAUUAGUGUCUUCAUCAUCUUCAUCUGCUUCAGAGGAAACAUCCUCAGGCGAGGUAAAUGUACCCGUGAGGGAUGCAAGUGGAUACAAAGAUGGGGAAACUGCACUUGCAUCUGCUAAGGUUGAACAAAAUGAGAAAACAAUGCCAACAGAAAGAGGACGGAACCCAACUCAUCGUUUUCCUCUAAAGGGGGGAUACAUACGUCGCCCACUUCCAAACUUUGGACCUUUCAAGAACCGAACUCAACUAAAUCGAAGGCUGCUGCCUCCCCCCUCUAAACCUUUAAAUCCUCCAUCAGAAACAAAGAAUUCUACUGAACUCUCAGCAACUUCAUUUUCUCCUGUUUCCAAAGAAUCCUAUCCAGCUGAAGGUACGAGGCCAAUAGGAGAGGAAAGUGAAGCCAUAGUUGGGACAAGCGUGUCCUCAGGGUUCAAUCAGACCCUCAGAAGAAAUGAAGUGCCUUCCUCCCAUCGGCCAACCACCAAAGUUGGUUACUUCCGUCGGCCACAACUGUAUGGUGGACGUUUCCAAAACAGAACCCAUAUAAACCUGAGACCGCCUCAACAUCCACAUAAAGGUAAUAUACGCAAGCCUUUCACAACCGCACGGCUAAAUGGAGGCACCAACAUCAUUGUUGGAAGUCAAAGCAAUCUUUUAGAAAAGGUCAGGACCACUGAAAUGACAGGUAAUCAAUCAGGAGAGCAGGAUGCCCCAAUGCCUACCCCAGGAGUCCAAAUUAGACAGUCAGGAGAACAAGAAACUCAAGGGAUAAUUCCAGGGACGACCAUCAGACCACAGGCAAACGAAUUAGAAGAGGGGGACAAUUCUCCAGUCCAAACUAGCCAGUCCGAGGUAGAAGAAACCUUAGUCGCUAACUCUGACUUUGACAUCCAUGAAGAGAGAGUCAGGGUUGCUAACUAUACUGAUGUUACAGUUCAGCGUAGACCAAAUAUAAAACAAACUGCCCCAAGACCAUUCACAUCUUUAAAGAGACAACUGCCAACAAGAAAGACCCAGAUGAGACACUACAUCGCUGGGAGCCAAAGGAUGGAGGAUACAAAAACAAAUAUUACUGCAAAAAGGUUGCUUCACAGUAAAUUUGAACAGACAAGAAGUGCUAAUUCCAAACCUGUGGGUGGAUCACACGUUUCCUCUUCUGGAGUCACACGGGAACCUCUGGACUACAUGGGAGUGACAAACCGCACCUCAGAUGGAUUUACAGUAACGUGGGGCUCACCAGAAGGGAAGUACAAAAGCUUUGUUGUGACAAGGAAAGAAGUUGGGAAAGAUGAAGGACCAAAGCAGAAGGAAAGCAAGAAAAUUGAAGAAGGACAAGAAAACUCUGAGAAAGAGGGUCUCAGUGAAGAGAAGGAAGCAAAUCCCCAUCCAACCAAAGCAACGGAAUCAGAAAAUGGGCACAGUGAAGAUAAAAACAGAGUACCUGAAAAUGUCUUUACUCACAUUCCAAGGAUCCAAAGCAGCACAACAGCUAGACCGGUUACAGGAAGUGACAAAACCUUCAAAACAGUUCUUCCUGGUUCAGCUCGCUCCAUCCAGUUUCACAAUCUGUCUAGUCAGACUGAGUACACCGUGACUUUGGUUGGAAAGGGUCCUGGUCUUCUGUCCAGACUGCACAAGCUGGUCAUCAGUACAGGCCCAGAGCCUCCCACCAACAUAGUCUUCAGUAAGGUGACUGAAAACUCUCUGACGGUGUCCUGGACCAAACCCAAGAGUCCCGUCAGUGGCUUCAAGGUCACCUACACCCACACAGAGGACGGUGAGCCGGUCUCGGUGUCUGUGGACUCAGACGACUCCACCCUCGGCCUAUCGCAGCUCUCGCCUGGUUCUUCGUAUGAGGUCAGCGUCGUCUCUGUGCUCGGAUUGGACGAGAGUGAUCCAAUCAGAGACUUUGUCAGGACUCUCCCUGACCCGCCCACUGACCUGCGGGCAGUGAACGUCACGGACACCAAGGCUUUGUUGUUGUGGCGUCCAGCGUUGGCUGCCGUCGACAAAUACACCAUCGUUUACGGUUCUGGGACGGGAUCAGAGGUGAGGGUCAGUGUGUCUGGAAACGCAGCAGAGCAGCAGCUGAGCGGCCUGGAAGGAUCCACCACCUACACCGUGACCAUCACCAGCCAGCUGGGCAGCCUGCAGAGCUCGGCGACCACCACCACCGUCACCACCGGCAGAGGUUCCGACGGCAAGGGGGACGGGCCACGCGACCUCCAGGCCAGCGAUGUGACCCCUCGCACCGCCCUGUUGUCAUGGAAACCACCCUCAAAUCCUGUGGGCAGCUACAGACUGACCUUUCAGACCGAAGGUCAAGAAAUGAAGGAAGUGACUGUGGAUGCAUCAGUAACUGCGUACAACCUGACCAGACUUCACCCUGGGUCGAGGUACUCGGUGCAGCUACAGGCAGAGGAAGGAGGACAAGCCACUGCUGCCAUCUCCACCGAGUUCACCACCGGCACCCUGAGGUUCCCCUUCCCCGCUGAUUGCUCUCAGGACCUGCUGAACGGCAUCAGGGCGUCAGGCGAGGUGGAGGUGUUCCCCCAGGGGAAACACGGGACUCCCAUUAUGGUUUACUGCGACAUGGAGACAGAUGGAGGAGGCUGGACGGUCUUCCAGAGGAGGAAGGACGGCUCAGUGGACUUCUUCAGAGGUUGGAAAGACUAUGUUAAAGGAUUUGGGGAUCUGAGUGGAGAGUUUUGGCUGGGCCUCGAGAGCCUCCACAACCUGACGACGAUGACCACGAUGAGCCUGCGUGUCGACCUGCGAGACAAAGACGAGUCGGCGUUUGCUAAGUACACGACGUUCCAGGUGGCCAAGAAGAACUACAGGCUGACUGUGGGUGGAUACAGCGGCACUGCAGGCGAUUCUCUCAGUUAUCACAACAACCGGGUCUUCUCCACCAAAGACCGCGACCCAGCGCCGUUCAUCACUCGCUGUGCCAUGUCGUACCGAGGGGGCUGGUGGUACAAGAACUGCCACGAGGCUAACCUCAACGGCCUCUACGGCAUCUACGUCAAACACCAGGGUGUGAUCUGGACCUCCUGGAAAGGAAAAGAGUUUUCCAUCCCGUUCACUGAGAUGAAGAUGAGACCAGCAGAGUUCAGUCCUCCGACCAGCGGGUGAAAGAGAGAGAAGACAAUGAACUGCUAAACACAUGCAUGGACAGCAGUGUGUCAAUACAUGCACACACACACACACACACACACACACACACACACACACACACACACACACUGAUUUUAACAGGGAGAUGAAGACAUUUUUUUCAUUUGUAUAGAGGUCAGUUAUCAGUAUGUUACUGUAGAUUGUACAGUUUUUUAAUCUUCUUUAAAGCAGGGUGGCUCCCACUUGCUUAAAGGGUCAGUUCACCCUCAUUACAAAAACACACCCGUCUACCCGUGCUGGUGGUUUUGGUUUCAUGUGUUGAUUGUGAGAUAUCUGAAACUUCUGCCACACUGACAAAACGCCAGAUGUUUGCAGAACUUUCAUCGUUUUUUUCCAUCAGGCUGGUUACUCUCCAAAACUCGCUUUUUGUGUAAAUAAUCAAAGAAUUGCAGUAAAAAUGCAGAAUCAUUACUACAUAGACAUUUGUUGUUAGGUGAGCAAAAACCUGCUGGGCUUUCAUUUGGUUUUUACACCUAAAAGGGAAAAAAAAUCAGUUUUUACCAGCCAGCAGGUGCUGCUCUGCUCAAAUCAAAAACGCCUUUGCUGUCCACCUGAAAUGAAACCAAAGUGACUAUGGUUUGAAGCCUGAAGAGGGUCUCCUGGCCACAGCGGUGCUUUAAAGCCCAGCAGCGCCCCCUGCUGUUGCACUGUGGCCCUGCAGGCUGUGGUCCUGACCCUGGACAGGAGCAGGUGAGUGAUGGAGAGUUCGUACUCGUUGUGGUUCAGCUGCCGACUGUCCUCUCAGCGUUUGUCCUUCUGUGCCGUCUUUCUGUGAAUGUCACAGUGAUUUAUUUUCCUGUUUAUGUCGCCCCCUAAAAGAAUAAAAUGGUUGAAAAUGAAAA